AUGUCGUUGGAUAUCUGGCCCCUCAUGGAGCGGAAGUGCCUGCAACCCACAAGCAUGACAUCGCGCACAUCUAAUUCUCGCCCCACGCGUGCCACCGCGGAAGAAGAUGAUAUGGAAAUACUGACAGACGCAAAAACACCAGGUUUCGGAAACGCAAACAAUUCCACCUCCCUCUUCGGCAACAAACCCGCCUCCAACCCCUUCGGUGCCAGCACCAAUUCUGGUACUGGCCUAUUCGGCAACUCCACAAACUCUGGUGGCUUUGGCACGUCCACAGGUGGAUUUGGGGGGAAUAACACAAGUGCCUUUGGGAGUAACAACAAUAAUGCCACAUCGUCCUUCAGCUUCGGAAGCAAUGCCAAUAAGCCUGCGUUCGGCAAUACCACAACCGCGACCCCUCUCUUCGGGCAAGGUGGUUCGGGAACCACCAGCGGCUUCGGUGCCACCAACGCUUUUGGCUCUGGUACAGCUCUGAGCAACCAACCCGUCCCGCCAUCAGAAGGAACGGCAUCGAUCCCAUUCGCUCCGCACAUCGAGAAGGACGGCACAGGCUCCACCAGCAGCGCGUACCAGAGCAUUGUGUUCCAGCAACCCUAUCAGAAGUACUCUUUCGAAGAACUUCGUCUAGCCGAUUACAACGCAGGAAGACAGUAUGGCAACAAUACAGGGCAGGCCGGCGGCUUUGGUGGCAAUACCUUUGGUGGCUUUGGUUCAACCAACACAAAUACUGGUGGCUUCGGCAGCGGCAACACUGGUGGUGGUCUCUUUGGCAACAAUGCUACAUCUGCAUCCACCGGGUUCGGAGCCAGCAAUACCGCAACGACGGGAUUCGGUGGCGGAGGCCUGUUCGGCAACAAGCCAGCCACUGGUGGACUGUUUGGAUCGCAGUCUAGUGGCACAACUACGGGUGGACUGUUCGGCACUGCCAACAAUACCCCCAAUGCCGGAGGAUUUGGAUCUGCGUCUGGUGGCAAUAGUCUCUUUGGCAACAACCAGCAGACCCAGAAUAAGCCCAGCCCGUUUGGAGCCAAUACUACCACACCCGCAUUCUCGUUUGGGAAUACUAAUGCCAAUGCGAACAGCACCGGCACGAGUGGUGGACUCUUUGGUAAUAACCAACAGACCAACCAAAGCAGUGGUGGUCUUUUCGGAAAUAACACACAGCAGCAGAGCGGUGGAUUGUUCGGCAACAACAAUCAACAACAGCAGCAGCAGCAGAAGCCGCUUUUCGGCACCUCCACGGGAGGCUUCGGGAACUCGACGACCCAGAGUCAGACCGGAGGAGGUUUGUUCGGCAACACCAACACACAAAACACUGGUGGUGGCCUGUUCGGUGGCAACAACAAUCAACAGACCACCAACACGGGCACUGGUUUAUUUGGUUCGAACACGAACACCACUGGUGGCUUGUUUGGUGGAAAUAACAACGCCAAUAAUGCUCAGAAGCCUGGCGGUCUCUUCGGGAGCUCGUUCGGAAACACCAACACCGCCAAUACAGGUGGUGGACUGUUCGGUAAUGCCAAUGCCAAUCAACAGCAGUCUGGUGGUUUAUUCAAUAACGCCAGCAACACCAACGCCAAUUCGGGGUUUUCCUUUGGCAUGAACAACUCGACUAACAAACCUGCCUCGACAGGUCUGUUCGGCAACACGAGCACGAAUCAGUCCGGGGGGUUGUUUGGAGGAUCGAGUUUUGGUGGUCUCGGCGCCUCACAGAAUAAUCAACAGAAUGCUCAACAGCAAGCGGAUUUCCGAGUUUCGACUCUGAAUGACCCCAAUCCUUAUGGACAGACAUCGAUCUGGACGGGUCUACCGGUGCCAACACCUGACAAUUCCAAACCCAUCUUUACUCCCUUGACCGCCAGCCAAAAAUUGAAGGAGAGUCAAUCCAAACCCCCACCGAGCCUCCGACUCAACCAAUCUCGUUACAUGACUCCUCCGCGUCGACCCGGCUUUGGAUUCACAUACUCGACCUAUGGAACGCCCAACAGUGCGGCUAGUACGCCCGGCGGUGGGAGUUUGAGCAACAGUAUGUACGGCAACCGCAGCUUCAACGGAACUAGCUUUGGGGGCAGUAUUGGACGCUCGUUCGGCAAGAGCGCAUCCGUCAACAAUUUGAGGUCCCAGUUCAACAUAGGUGACAACGAGGGUGUCUUGAGCCCCAAUGCUUUCAACAACCCCGGGCACACUCGUUGGUCGGGAGGUAAUAUGCGUCGCUUGACUAUCGAUCGAAGUAUUCGCAACGACCUCUUUAGCCGCCAGUCGCUGCCUGCAUUGCCUGCGCCAAGCCCGGCUGAGAAGAGCGUCAACAACAAACCCGACUCGAAUGCUACCAAUGGCGAAACCCCUGUAGAGCCAACCAAAUUGAGGAAGCGCGUCAGUUUCGACAAGGAGAUCACUGGUGGUCAGAACGGCACUUUGAACGGCGACAGCGGCGCGCUGGUCCGAACUGAAAUUGACGCUGAUACGCCUGAGCCCGAACCUCGAAGCCGAGCCGUCAAUGGAGCCGCGACACCAGAUCCCCAACAAGCCCGAGGCAAUGAACUGGCUGUGGUCCCCGAGGACCGUGCUUCUGAUCAUGUCAGUCCAAAGAAAUCCGCCGUCGAGGCGAAGCCUGAUCCACAGCCUGGCGACUACUGGAUGAAGCCGACACGUGCUCAGAUCAGCAAGUUGCCCCGUGACAAAGCUCAGGAAUUCGUCGGGUUCGAGGUUGGUCGAAAAGGUUGUGGCCGCGUGACCUUCCUGGGUGCCGUUGAUUUGACAGCUCUGCCGCUGGAUGAUUUGUACGAGAAGAUUGUCGAGAUUCGUCUUCGCUCGGUCACCGUCUAUCCAGAUCCAAGCACCAAACCACCCGUCGGGAAAGGCCUCAAUGUUCCGUCGAUGAUUUAUAUCGAGAACUCUUGGCCUCGUGCCCGAGGUCAGCCUUCAUCCGCUACGAGCGGUCCCAUCUUCGACAAGCAUAUCAAUCGCUUGAAGAAGAUGCAAGGCACAGAGUUCCAGUCCUAUGACGUCGCCACCGGUGUGUGGGCGUUCAAGGUCCCUCACUACACCAGAUAUGGCUUAGACUACGACGACGACGAUGAUCUCACCCGGAGCCAAAUCUCCCUUCCACCAGACUCCCUCGACGGCUCGCCGGUAGAGAAUGCCCCAGGUAUGGAUGUUGACAGUGGGGAAAAUGAUGAUUACGACGACGAGGACGAAGAUGACACUUUCGCUUUCAAACAAAAGACCGUCCCUGGCGGCUUCGGCAAGCGUUCCCUGAUUGAUGAUUUUGAGGCGAGGGCGCCCACGCCUCAGGAGCUGGAGGAUGGCCCAGGGUCUGACCUGGAAGAAGAAUACGAGGACGAAAACAGCGACAACGAAGUCAGCAUGGCGGGCACCUUCCCUGCUCCCGCAGUCAUGGAGAGUCCCAACAAGCCGAUCCUGAAGGCGAGCCGUAUAGGCACCCCCGGCAAGCCUUUGAUCACCCUCGACGGAGACUGGGCCGAGCAGCUGCAACGCACCAUCAGUCCUCGAAAGCAAAACCGCGAAGCGCUGCGCGACGUCCAGAGCAAAGUCUUACUCGACCGUACCUUCGAGCCCAUCAAGCCACGAGGCGUCAUCGGCAAGGGUCAACUGAACACCAGUAUCGACAUCAUGAAUUCCCUGUUCACCAGACACGAGGAGAGAAUGACCAGGGGCGGAAAGGGACAGGCUGGGCCGGACUUCGAGGUUUGA